GGUGUUCAGUUCCCUGUCGAAAACAAACCACAAACUGAUCUAUCAAUAAUUCUCGUCUGGCAGCCAUGGAAGAUCCUCCAUCUCCAAGAAAAAAUAUUCCUUCAUUCACGAUCCCAGUUGAUUCUGAUAACAAAGCAACUCAGUUUCAUCCAUUUUCACUCUCUUCUCCUCACAUGGUUGCCUUUCACCUUGCAUGGCUUUCUCUCUUUUCUUGUUUCUUCUCCACCUUUUCCAUUCCCCCUCUUAUUCCCAUCAUCCGUGAAGACCUCAAGCUCUCACAAUCCGAUAUAGGCGCUGCUGGCAUCGCCUCCUUCGUGGGCUCCAUCUUCUCACGCUUCGCCAUGGGACCCGUCUGCGACAUGGUGGGCCCACGCAUAGCCUCCGCCACGGUUUCUCUCCUCACAGCACCCAUCAUUUUAGCCACUUCUUUAGUCUCUUCGCCUGCCUCAUUUGUACUCAUUCGCUUCCUUGUGGGGUUUUCUCUGGCAAACUUUGUAGCCAACCAGUUUUGGAUGAGCUCCAUGUUCUCCGGCUGCGUCGUCGGCCUCGCCAAUGGAGUCUCCGCUGGCUGGGCCAACAUGGGCACCGGACUAGCCCAGUUAGCCAUGCCACUCAUAUUCACAGCUAUCUCCUACUUCAAUGUGCCGUUAUUCACAGCAUGGCGUCUCGCUUUUAUUAUUCCUUCAUUGUUCCAAGCUUCAACGGCCAUUUUAGUUUUAUUGUACGGUCAAGACCUGCCUUGCGGGAACUACAAAGAGUUUAAGAAAACAAGAAAAAAUUCAAAGGAAGAAGAUGAGAAUUUUCUGCACGUCCUUUUUAACGGUUUGAAGAAUUACAGAGGGUGGAUACUGGCUUUAACGUACGGAUACAGUUUCGGGGUGGAGCUGACUAUUGAUAAUAUUAUAGCACAGUAUUUUUAUGAUAGGUUUAAGGUGAAUAUUCGGGUGGCCGGGACGAUUGCGGCGACGUUUGGGUUGGCGAAUUGGUUUUCACGGCCGAUGGGCGGGGUGGUUUCGGACGCGAUGGGGAAGAGGUUUGGGAUGAGAGGGAGACUCUGGGGUUUGUGGGUGGUGCAGACGGUGGCUGGGUUGCUUUGUGUGUUACUCGGACGAGUCAACUCGCUGUGGAGUUCUAUUGUCGUCAUGUGUGCUUUUUCUGUGUUUGUUCAAGCCGCCUCUGGCCUCACCUUCGGCGUCGUUCCUUUCGUUUCCAAAAGGUCACUGGGAGUGAUAUCAGGGAUGACGGGGAGCGGAGGGACCGUGGGGGCAGUUGUAACCCAGAUGCUGUUGUUCUCGGGCUCCAAAUUGUCUAAGCAGACAAGCAUUUCACUAAUGGGGCUUAUGAUGAUCGUUGCCACUCUGCCCCUCACCUUAAUCUACUUUCCACAGUGGGGUGGCAUGUUUUGUGCUCCUUCCUCAGGUUCAAAUCUGGCCAGUCAUCAAUAUUACCUGCUCCAGUAGAGGAAGAUUUCAGUGAAACCAAUGGAUGUCUCAUCUGUACAUUCAUUCAAUAAAAUACUUUUACAUCUA